AUGCAGCUGAAACCCCUCCUCACCAUUUGUGUGGCUGCUCUGACCGGUACUGCAUCGGCAAUCCCCCAUGUUGCCGGGCCAUACCACGGUGCUCAUAUCCCCAUCCAUGUGCCAACCAAUGCUACCAGCUCUCACAACGCUACUACAACGGGUACUCGGGGCAAAGCUCCUUUGUCGACGGGAUCGGCUAGGAAUGGCACGGCCAGAACUCAUGCCCCUAUGAUUCACCAUGGUAUCAACCAUGUCAAUGUUAACCACUGCCACGAACUUUGCUCCUUGGAAGCUCAGACCUGCUCGCUUGCUGUUCCUGACGAUGAUGAGUUUUGUUGGUCGGUUUACCUGCGGUGCACGGAGAAGUGCCGCCCUGAGAAUUUCCGCAGAAUUUAG